AGCCAGCCAGCCGCCCGCCCGCCCGCCGUGCCGCCGCCUCUAUCCGCCACGGCGACGAGGAGGAGGAGGAGGAAAGGCGCGUGAGGAAGAGCGGGAAGCGAGGCCAUGGGGAUCGUGGAGGAGGCGCACAACCUGCGGGUGGUGGGGGAGGGGAAGCGCGGGGUGAUCGUGCUGGCGCACGGGUUCGGGACGGACCAGUCGGUGUGGAAGCACCUGGUGCCGCACCUCGUCGCCGACUACCGCGUCGUGCUCUUCGACACCAUGGGGGCGGGCCCGACCAACCCGGACUACUUCGACUUCUCCCGCUACGCCACGCUCGAGGGCUACGCGCUCGACCUCCUCGCCAUCCUCCAGGAGCUCGCCGUCGCCUCCUGCAUCUACGUCGGCCACUCCGUCUCCGCCGUCAUCGGUGCCAUCGCCUCCAUCUCCCGCCCGGACCUCUUCUCCAAGCUCGUCCUUCUCUCCGCCUCCCCCAGGUACCUCAAUGAUGUCGACUACUAUGGGGGAUUUGAGCAGGAGGAGCUUGACGAGCUCUUUGAAGCUAUGGGAUCAAACUACAAAGCCUGGUGUUCAGGUUUUGCGCCGCUGUGCGUAGGAGGGGACAUGGAGUCAGUGGCAGUUCAGGAGUUCAGCCGCACGCUCUUCAACAUACGUCCAGACAUUGCCCUGAGUGUCGCCCAGACAAUCUUCCAGAGCGACGUGCGCAGCCUCCUACCACUUGUCACCGUACCAUGCCACAUUGUUCAGAGCACCAAGGAUCUUGCUGUGCCGGUCGUGGUGUCCGAGUACCUGCAGAAGCACCUUGGUGGCGACUCCAUCGUCGAGGUAAUGCCCUCAGAGGGCCAUCUCCCCCAGCUUAGCUCGCCGGACAUUGUCAUCCCUGUCUUGCUCCGGCACAUCCAGCGUGACAUUGCGGUCUAGUCGUCUAGGCCGUGGGGGCAACCAUUCCACCUAGAGCUAGCUGUUCAUCAGAAGCUGUAUUAUUUCAGUAUCUGUACUCCACUGAAUCACGCAACGUAGGAUCCAUCUACUGUUAUUAUAAUAAGAUUCUCCAUAUGUUGUAAAUUCAUGGCGGUGGAGAUGUAGUCUAUAUGCUGUUUGUAAACCACUGCUCUUGUAAUGUUCAUUAUCAUGUCGGGUGUUUUAACGAAACGAGUACUUAAGAUUUA